AUGCCCAAAAUCAGAACACAACGCACAAAACCUCCCCCAGAGGGAUUCGAAGAUAUCGAGGAUGUCCUCGAAGACUACGAAAAGAAGAUGAGAGAUGCCGAAAGCGAGACGCACGAAGGCAAGCGUAACGUAGAAGGUGUUUGGCCGAUCAUGCGUUUAUCACACGCUCGCUCCCGAUACAUCUACGACCUCUACUACAAGCGCGAACUCAUAUCGCGAGAUCUCUACGACUGGCUUAUAAAGCAAGGCUAUGCCGAUGCUAAUCUGAUAGCAAAGUGGAAGAAGAAUGGGUACGAGAAGCUCUGCUGUGUGAGGUGUAUCCAGACGAAGGAUAUGAAUUUCCAGGGGUCUACUUGUAUUUGUAGAGUGCCCAAGGCGCAGCUGAAGAAGGACGUUGUGGUGGAAUGUCCUCAUUGUGGCUGUCGCGGUUGCGCUUCUUCAGACUAG